AUGACUGCUGCGAGAUUGUUAACUCGCGUGGCUAAGAGCAUUUCGAAAUUUCCCAAGCACAUUGUUCAACUGCUCACAAAAACGGUCAUCGAAUGUAAUAAAGUUGGACUUCAACGGUCCGCUUUUGAGUACGCGGCGCUACUCAUGAGGCCAGAAUAUCGAGAAGCCGUGGAUCAGAAGUAUCGACGGCCUAUUGAGAAACUCGUGCGAGAUCGUCGAGGAGCCAAUGAAGAAGAUCCACCUGCUGAAGCAACUCCUUGCCCGUUCUGUUCGAAAAAGUUCGAUUCGUAUGAGCUAACAUGCCCCUUCUGCCGUGAAGUCUCCCCUUUUUGCAUAGCCACCGGCCGCCAUGUGACUGUGGAGGACCUCACCAAAUGCCCAACCUGCGAGUCGCCCGCUUUGAUUGAACCCCUCGCCGAGCUAGUCAAUUCUGACGGACAUUGCCCGAUGUGCUCGGCUUCGCUCAACAACGAAGAUCUUGUUAUUAUCGAAAAUGCCGCAACCUAUCUGAAGCAACUUGCGUGA